AUGAACAAAAAAGGUAAAAGUGGCCGUUUUCAAGUGAAAUGUUUAGCGUGUGGAUCCGAAUUUAACAGAGACUAUAAGACCACGCACGAAAGAAAGAAACAUGAUGGAAAAAUUGUGCAAAUAAAAAUGGUUGGAGCACCAGAAAAUCCAUUUGUUCUAGCUGCUUCAGCAAAACGGCAAAAAACAGAAACUUUGCCCUCGACAUCGUUUGCUAGAGAAUAUUUAGCAGAAGCAACGUCAGGAAUGAUGAAUAUUGCUAAAAAUAAUUCAGGAACUGUGCAAGAAUCUGAUAUUGUAAUCAAUGAAUUACCUGCUGAGGCUUUAGCAGAUCCUGGAGAAGGUGAAGGUGAAGCCAAUGUAGAGGCUUGUGUAGAGGUGAUUGAGAAAGAAAAAACUGAUGAGUUGGGUAUAUUAUCACAAAUACGGAGUGACUGUGAUGAUGUUGGCAAUAGUGAAACUCAAACAAAAACAACAUCUACGGAAUUAAUUGAAGUGAGUGAAGAAAGUGACUUAUCCAAAAUCUGGGGUAUUUGUACCGGCAAUUUGGCUUUUCUAGCUGAAAAACUUAGAAAUUCAGAUAAUUUAAUUAAAACUAUCAAGUCCAGCACAAUAGUUGAUGAGUUAGUUACAGUUACUCAAAUUUUUGAAUUGGCAAAUGAUAUAAAUUCCGUGUGUGGUAAUUUGAUAGAGUCGUGCCAGAUUUAUUUUAGAAGAAGAAUAAAAAUUAACGAAGUCGCAGAAAUUGAUCACAAUGAAAAUGCAGCAGAUAUUAUCCCACAUGAUCCCGGUUUAAGAAAAGAAGUUUUAUCUGACCAAGAAAAGAAAUAUCUAAUGAAUCUCGGACCUCACCAACCAAAAUUGAAAGUUUUUCCUAAUGAUGGAAAAAACAGCUUUUGUCCUGAAUGGUACAGUGAGUUCGAAUUUCUUGAGUACAGUACAUCUAAAGAUGCAGCUUUUUGUUUUGUGUGCUAUAUGUUUCCUGUUGGUCCAGGAAGAAGUAAGUCAGAAUCGGCAUGGAGAACUGAAGGCGUAAGGAACUGGAGGAAAAUGAAAAGUUCUGGCAGAGAAAAGAGCGGGAAGCUUCACCUUCACUUUAAUUCUGGUGCUCACAAGGCGGCUCUUUCUGAUUAUUGCCACUUUUUAGUUAAAGCGGGUCAUAUUGAUAUUCUUCUUGAUAAAAAAAAAAGAAACUUAAUGAUAGAAGAAGAAAAGACUUUAGUUUUCAAUAGAAAUGUUGUGAAAAUGUUAUUUGAUGUUACCCAGACUUUAGCGAAACAAGGCGUAGCUUUUCGUGGCAACGUUGAGGAAGACAGCAAUUUCACUCAAAUUGUAAAACUACUUGCUCGACACAACUCGACACUUAAACAAUGGCUGGACGACUCAAUGUUGCGACCCUAUCAUGUCACUUAUUUAAGCGCAGAGUCUCAAAAUGAGUUCAUUCAUCUUUUAGGGCUAGAUGAAAUUCAAGAAGCUCCGUUUUUUACUAUAAUGGCUGAUCAUACACCAGACGUUGCGAAUAAUGAAAUUUUGUCAGUUGUUGUGCGCACUGUUAAUAAUAGUGGAUGUCCUAGAGAAAGACUUUUGGGUAUUACUGUUGUAAAUGAUAAGACUGGCGAAGGCACAGCCACUGAAAUAUUGAAAAUGUUAUCAUGUUAUAUAAUAAUAUUGAUACGUCUAAAUUGUCUUUUCAGUCUUAUGAUUUCGCAGCGUCAAUGUCAGGUUGUUUUAAUGGUACCCAACAAAAAAUGUCUGAUAAGGUUGGUCACAAUGUUAUAUUUAUUCCUUGCCAAGCUCAUCGAACCAAUACAGCUGUAG